CAAAUUCCAUCAAAUCUUCUCUACACUACACUUAACUCAACUCACACUCUUACAUAGGAUCUGGGCCUGGACGAGGCAAUGACCAAGAAUGUGGAGGACUUAGGUUUCAUGAAAAUGGAGGAGGAGGCGGGGGGCGAAGAGGAGAUUGAACUAAAACACAAGCCAGGCAGGAAGUUGACCAGGGAAAUACGCAAGACCUAUAAACCUCGUCCCAUUCUCUACGGCUAUCGCAUGCGGGAGAAAGAUUGUAACUUCAAGAUCCAGGGCAGCAUGAACUUGGAUGGACGCCAGGACGGAUCCUUUAAGGAGAUCAAGCCUUGCUACUUCGCUUGUGCCUUGGCCAUCCUCAGUUGUUCCCUCCGUCCGCUCAAUCAAUGGAAUUCGUAUCGAAUUGAUCGGGUUAUAACUCAUGCCAAGUCGAUUUCGAGUCGUGUCUGCGAUCUGGAAUCGGUCUUUGAGCGUGUGGUGCGUCAUGUGACCAUUGAUGACUACGAAUUCGAUAUCUGGAUACGCAUGUUUGAGCCACAAGGCAUGUGGACUCCUGCACAAAAGCCUACGAAGGUUACUAAAGAGGCUGGCCUGAACAUUAUCAAGAAGAAGCUGCAGAAGACACUGAAUACCCGGAAAUAUCUGAUGAUAUUUACUCCAAACGGUUGCUAUGCUUUGUACCAUGAUGAGUUCUAUCAUCUUUUCGAUCCCUAUGCGAGCAUGGACUUCGGUGGCGGAGAGGAGGAGGAUAACGAUGCUGGCGGUGAUGAGGAGGACGGAGAUGGAGAUGGCAAGAAGAAGAAGUGCCCUAAAGGACCCAAACGUUAUCCCGAACGCAACACUGCCUCCUGGGUGCUCUUUGCCGAUGUGGACACCAUGUUCCAAUACAUCGAUAAACGUUGUGCACAGCCAGAUUGGAAGGAGCAGAGUCAGUACAUGUUCUACGUUGUGGAUAUCCUUUCGUAUAAGAAGGCAGCACCCAAUACCCGCAUCUUGCAACUCUUGACGGAUCUGUCAGUGCCCAUGACAUGCUCCAACAAUCAAUACGGACAUCCUGAGUACGAGAUUUGUGCCACUGACGAAUCCCUUGACUGGUUGGAAGUGGAGAACUGCCUUCCUAUAUGGAGUCGCAUGAAUAGUCAUAAUACAGCUGGAAAGUUUCGCAAUCUGUCUUUGAGUAAACUCAAUAGAUACGACAUAGAGAUCGAAGGUCGCUUGUGGUCACUUUGGGGUAAUCUGCAUCCCGAGGCUCCUGUCUUUGAGAAGGAUUUUCGGGGACGUCAAUACCUUGCCAUCUAUGUGAUGGCUUGCUGUGCGGCGAGCACAUACAACCUAAUGGACUGGAGUGCCCAACUGUUGGACACGAUUGUCGUGAGUGGACACAAGUAUUAUCGGGAGAGUAUCAAAAAUAUAUCUAAGAAAGACUUCGAGUUUUCACUGGAGAAUCUUAAUGUUGAUUGCUCUCUGGAGUCCAUAAACUUUGUGGUUCACAUCGAACAUGUCUGUUAUGGCAAAAUCUAUCGUAUACCAUAUUUCAAUCGCAUGAAUCUUUCGGAGGCUUUGAUUUACUUUUUCAGUCAUUAUCAAUUUGGCAUUGUGAUGGUUCGCAAAAGAUCCUUGGCCAUCGGCUUCUGUCCAGGCAAUGACGGUGGUUACUUUAUGUACGAUUGUCAGGAGAAGGAUCAACCAUUGUUCCCCAAACAACAAGGUGCAUCCUACUUACUGCGAACUCGGCAUCUCCAGGUUCUUCUAUACUGUAUUGUGGUUACCCUUAAUGUACCUGUUAAAAAUACUGAAUUUAGCAUACACAAAGUGGAGAUGCUGAGGGAAGGAACUUCUUUUGAGAGCGAAGGAGAUGAAGAAGUCGAUGGAGAAGUCGAUGAAGAGGAAGAACAUCGGUUUGUCCGGUUUGUUUGGAAAUAAACGAAACUAUCCAUUUACGAGAUUAACUUUUAAUCAAUAUAUCUUCACUCUCUUCUGAAAAACGAAAGGAGUUUUCUGCUAGAAAUAAUACCUGAACCGUUAACCAAAACCAACCGUUUAAUUUAAUGUACCGGAUCUAAAAUCGUCAAUAUUGUAAUUAAAACAAGACUUUUAACUUGA